UUGCCGCGUUGUCCGUCCGAAACGCCGCCAAAGCUGUGAGCGGAGCACCGCCUGAGCUCCCCCGUCACCGACAUGUCUGAGGAAAAGGAUUCCCUGAGGGGAGGCGAAGAGAAAGGACAGGAGCCGGGGGUGCGUACCUUCACCUUCACCAGGGGCGUGCACUCUGUGAAGCAGGCCGACCAGGAGGGACCCGUGAAGCUGGAAGUGGUGGGGGCCGACGAGCGCUCGGACAGCUGCCCUGCGGGCCUCGGCUGCGGGGAGGCCCCCAGGGCCGCGACCCUCCUCGGGCUGGUGGCCGACGAGGGGGCAUGCCGGAGCAUCCGCAGGCAGUACCGGCAGCUCAUCCACAGCGUCCAGCAGAACCGGGAGGACAUCGUGAACACGGCGAGCGACUCGCUGACCGAGGCUCUCGAGGAAGCCAAUGUCCUGUUCGACGCCGUGAGUCGGACGCGAGAAGCGGCUCUGGAUGCCCAGUUUCUUGUUUUGGCUUCUGAUUUGGGUAAAGAAAAAGCAAAGCAGCUAAACUCUGAUAUGAGCUUUUUUAAUCAAGUAGCAUUUUGUGACUUUCUGUUUGUAUUUGUGGGUCUGAACUGGAUGGAAGCUGGUGAACAUGAGUUGAGUGGUUGUGAUGACAACAUAGCUCUUUCCUUCUGGGAGACAGUACACAAGGAAGCAACCUCCUGGACAGUGCAAGCUGAAACCUUCCACUUCAUUUUUGGAUCCUUCAAGUCAGAGUCUUCUGCGCGAAAGCGGCGAUCUGGACGCCGUAAGAAAGCUCACAAACUGGAAGAAACGGGGGCUAUGCCUACAAAGCUGAGGAAGCUGGACCUGGGUAGCAAUCAAGAAGCGACAGAAAAAGAAGUAGAAAGAAUCUUGGGAUUGUUGCAGACGUACUUUCGAAAGUAUCCAGACACUCCUGUUUCCUAUUUUGAGUUUGUGAUUGAUCCAAAUUCUUUUUCUCGUACUGUGGAGAAUAUAUUUUAUGUUUCUUUCAUUAUAAGGGAUGGUUUUGCAAGAAUAAGUCUUGACCAAGACAGGCUGCCAAUAUUAGAGCCAAUUAAUAUUAACCAAGUGGGUGAGGGAAAUGAUUCCAGUGCCCAUGGCAGGAAACAAGGAGUUAUAUCUUUGAGUUUACAGGACUGGAAAAAUAUUGUGGCGACUUUUGAAAUUUCAGAGGCUAUGAUCACAAACUCCUACUAAAUAUAUUUGUUCUUGGUAUAAGGUGUAAUUUGUUGCUUUUCUAAAAUAUCUCAAAAUACAGUGUAAAAUCCAAACAGAAGCACAUAUUGUAUCUCUUACAAAGUGGGAAAAUAUUUUCAAGAACAUCAGAAAUUGUCUUGUU